CUGCCGCCGGCUGCUGAAGAGCUCGGCCCGCGAGCGCCUGCCGCCGCGUACGAUGGUGACCGCACGGGUCGGGCCGCUGCCGCCGCCGCUGCCGCCGCCUCCCAAGACGCUGCAUCCAAGGCCCGGCGCGGAAGAGCCGCCGCUGUGAGCCGCACCGUCCCGGCCCCCGCCGCCGCCGCCCGAGGAGAACGGGAGGGCAGGCGAGAGAGCCGGGGAGUUGCGGAGUCUGUCUGUCCGCCAGCGGCGCUGCCCCGCGGGGAAGGAGACCGCAGCCUGAGGUCUGCUCCAAGAAAAAAACAUGGCUGCAAAGGAGAAACUGGAGGCAGUGUUAAAUGUGGCCCUGCGGGUGCCAAGCAUCAUGCUGUUGGAUGUCCUGUACAGAUGGGAUGUCAGCUCCUUCUUCCAGCAGAUCCAGAGGAGCAGCCUCAAUAACAACCCUCUUUUCCAGUAUAAGUAUUUGGCUCUUAAUAUGCAUUAUGUAGGUUAUAUCUUAAGUGUUGUGCUACUAACCUUGCCCAGGCAGCAUCUGGUUCAGCUUUACCUAUAUUUUUUGACUGCCCUGCUCCUCUAUGCUGGACAUCAAAUCUCCAGGGACUACGUUAGGAGUGAACUGGAGUCCGCCUAUGAAGGACCAAUGUAUUUAGAACCUCUCUCCAUGAAUCGGUUUACCACAGCCUUAAUAGGUCAGUUGGUGGUGUGUACUUUAUGCUCCUGUGUCAUGAAAACGAAGCAGAUUUGGCUCUUUUCAGCUCACAUGCUUCCUCUCCUAGCACGCCUCUGCCUUGUUCCUCUGGAGACAAUUGUUAUCAUCAACAAAUUUGCUAUGAUUUUUACUGGAUUGGAAGUUCUUUAUUUUCUUGGGUCUAACCUUCUAGUACCUUAUAACCUUGCUAAGUCUGCAUACAGAGAGUUGGUUCAGGUAGUGGAGGUAUAUGGCCUUCUAGCCUUGGGGAUGUCCCUGUGGAAUCAGCUGGUAGUCCCUGUACUGUUCAUGGUUUUCUGGCUCGUCUUAUUUGCUCUUCAGAUUUACUCCUAUUUCAGUACUCGAGAUCAGCCUGCAUCACGAGAGAGGCUUCUUUUCCUUUUCCUCACAAGUAUUGCUGAAUGCUGCAGCACUCCUUACUCACUUUUGGGUUUGGUCUUCACGGUUUCUUUUGUUGCCUUGGGUGUUCUGACACUCUGCAAGUUUUACUUGCAGGGUUAUCGAGCCUUCAUGAAUGAUCCUGCCAUGAAUCGGGGCAUGACAGAAGGAGUUACGCUGUUAAUCCUGGCGGUGCAGACUGGUCUGAUAGAGCUGCAGGUUGUUCAUCGGGCAUUCCUGCUCAGUAUUAUCCUUUUCAUUGUUGUAGCUUCUAUCCUGCAGUCUAUGUUAGAAAUUGCAGAUCCUAUUGUUUUGGCGCUGGGAGCAUCUAGAGACAAGAGUUUAUGGAAACACUUCCGUGCCGUGAGCCUUUGUUUAUUUUUACUGGUGUUCCCUGCUUAUAUGGCUUAUAUGAUCUGCCAGUUUUUCCACAUGGAUUUUUGGCUUCUUAUCAUUAUUUCUAGCAGCAUUCUCACCUCUCUUCAGGUUCUAGGAACACUUUUUAUUUAUGUCUUAUUUAUGGUUGAGGAAUUCAGAAAAGAGCCAGUAGAAAACAUGGAUGAUGUCAUCUACUAUGUGAACGGCACUUACCGCCUGCUGGAGUUUCUUGUGGCCCUCUGUGUGGUGGCCUACGGCGUCUCUGAGACCAUCUUUGGAGAAUGGACAGUAAUGGGCUCAAUGAUCAUCUUCAUCCAUUCCUACUAUAAUGUGUGGCUUCGGGCCCAACUGGGGUGGAAGAGCUUCCUUCUCCGAAGGGAUGCUGUGAAUAAGAUUAAAUCAUUACCCAUUGCUACGAAAGAGCAGCUUGAGAAACACAAUGAUAUUUGUGCCAUCUGUUAUCAGGACAUGAAAUCUGCUGUGAUCACACCUUGCAGUCAUUUCUUCCACGCAGGCUGUCUCAAGAAGUGGCUGUAUGUCCAGGAGACCUGCCCUCUGUGCCACUGCCACCUCAAAAACUCCUCGCAGCUGCCAGGGUUAGGAGCUGACCCGGUUCCACAGCCUCCUGCUGGAGCUGAGCAAAAUGUGCUUCAGGAAGGUACUGAACCCCCAGGCCAGGAGCGUCCUCAGGGGACCCGGGUGCAAGAAGGUUCUAGGGACAAUGAUGAAUGCAUUGCGAGAAGAUCAGAUAGCCAGGAAGGGACUUGUGAUCCCAAGGAAAAUCCUCUUAGUGCAAAAGAUGCAGCACGUCCUGUUGAGGUCAGCCUGGAAGACAAGCAGCAGGAGUAAUGCUUUGCUCCUCUGGAGGUGCAGGUAACUCAUGGCGGAAUUCGUGCCCAGAUUUGAGGAGUGAAUGUGUGAGGUGAUUAGGCAGGAAACUUGACAUUCCAAGGGUCUAAUCCAGGAAGUACUCUCAGUGGAGACCACCUGCUUUCAUCCCCUUGACUUUGCGGGAGAAAUUUUGCAAAGUAUGCUAAUCAAAAUGUAUUUAUAUAUCUUGUGCUGAUGUUUGGUAGAGGUUUGCCAAGAAAAUUCAACCUCAGCAACUUCAGAAACGGCCCCUGCUUUGUAAGGGAUAAGUAAAAUCAAAUUUCAGUGUCUGAAAGGGGCUAAAGAAAGGAGGAUAAAGAGCAUGAGGACACCAUGAGAGGAAGCAGGCAGAAGUGGAACUGAUAUUUCACUUUCUAUGGGACAGGACCAUUCUUGUUACAGAGUAUGAGUGGUGACCAGCCCUUUUCUCUACCCCCUUUUCCCUCAGUUAAUUGGAACU